AUGCAACCCUCCCAUCCUCAUCAUGCGCGUACCAUAACGCGUCCGUUGGUCGAUCAUCCACAAUUGGACAUCGUCAAAACACAGCUUGGCCCUAGUGCCGAUAACAAUCAUGUCGAGUACAGAGUAUUCAACUUCCACCGACUGAAGAACGGCAAGAAAAGUAGAGGGGAUGGAUGGGGUCUGAGAGAUCUUGUCAUCGUAUCCAUCUGGGUGUGUUUCGGGUGGAAACAAUCCUUAUGGCCAGAUUUCCAGGCGUUAUUGGCAGGUAGACACUUGUAUUGGGAUGAGCAGAUGCUUAUAACCUUUGGAUGGAUCAUUUCCCUCUUGAUGUAUACAUAUACCAGGUGCAAUACCAUCAUAUAUGAAUCGAUCAACCCCUUACCUAAUUUAGGUAUUCAACUGUCGACUAUACGGGGUCUAUCAUUCCCUUGGCCUCUCAAACCUUCCGAUCGAAUCUACAUACCUUUAAGAUCGUUCAAUACCUUCAUACCUCUGUCUGACAUAUCGACAACCAUCUUGAAUCAAGCUCUGUUUAGGUUCUCUGCAAGAUAUUAUCUAGGUAUAGUGAAGAAGGACGGACAAGGGGUAGUGGUAGCUUUCAACAAUUUACGUCCUGGAUUUGAAGUGCUGAGAGAGGUAUAUCAUGGUGUACGGGAAAUCAUGCAUGAAGAGUAUGCGACAACCUAA